CAUCACUUCUUUCAAGCUUGACUACAUACCUAUUUGUCUUCGUCACUACAACCAACUCUGCCGCAUUAUCCACGCGAGUCUCACAUAUUCACAUAGCUACACUGGGCAAUCUUUUCGCCUCCUCAACGUAUGCAGGCGUUCAAUGCUCGGAUUCCGACAUCAGGCAAUCUGUCAGAAGCCUACCAACCCCCAGCUCACGUCAAUGAAGAUGGCUGCGCGUGUACAUAAGCGACUAUCUAAGCUCUGGUAUGGUGUUCUCAUUCGCACUGCAUACCUCGAAGAUAUCGAGAUCGAUCCCGUGUUCGAAGAGUAGCCGCAACCUCCAGCAAUACUCGCAAACCGUCAAAUCACAUCAUGGCGAUCACCGUAGUUGAGGAAGAGGACCUGUCAUGGGUCCAGACUUCUCCCAGGACGUACGAGAGACCUCUCGACGACAUGGAGAAUUUUUUCGCCCUGGCCGGUGAAGGCGGCGUCGGCGCGACCGACGGCCAGCACUGGCACAUUGCCAUCAUGGCCAAGAUUGACAUCGAAGGCAUCGACCUCAAGAGAGAUCUGCCCGUAGCGUGGAUGUCUCUGCGCCAAAUCAACCCUUGCCUCUCUGCCGUGGUGGAAGGUGACCGUCUCGUCUACACCAUUGCAGAUUACGAGGAGCUGGGCUCCUGGCUCAACGAGUCGCUGCACUUCCAUGACAAAUCCGCCUCGUCGCGAGAUGUCUUUCCCAUCCGGAACCGUACAGGACGUGCAGCCCUCCACGUGCUUCUUCCCACACAAGAGCUCUACCUCCUGGCUCCACACACUCAUCUUGACGGGAUUGGAGCCUACACCGCUAUGAACAACCUCGUCCAAGCACUUGCAGACGCUGCCAACGCGAGCAGGGGUCCAGCACUCCAAGGAGACGAGUGCCGAAAUCUGGUUGGUCCGCUCAACACUCUAGCCUCUAUUCCUGUCGCCACGGAUACCGACCGAGCGACGUUCAGGACCAUGCUUGGAAAGUGGAUGGCUGGAUUCGCCGGUGUCAAGCUACGUCUCAAGGACACGAAGCAGCCAUGCCGGGAACCUAGGACAAUUUACAGGCCAUUCACGGUUUCCGACUCAAAGCUGGUUAUCGCAAAGUGUAAAGAAGCCGGCUUUACUGUCACGGCCGGAGUGCAAGCCGCGGUUUCCAUGGCUCUCCGCAAGCAAGUUGGCGAGACCGCCACGUUCCAGAGUGCUGUCACCAUUCACGAUGUGCGGAAGUGGGUCGACAAAACUCAAGAUCCAGCGACGACACUCGUCGGACCGAUGGCCAUUCCUGUUCCUGCGGUAUUCACCGUCACGGACGACUUCUUGGAGACUGCACGUCUCGCCUCGCAGAAAUAUCGUGAGCCGGAACAGUCGGGACUAUUGCGGGUUCUGCCGCGCUUCUGGGGCAAUGACAUGGUCGGUAUCAUCAAGAAUCCGCCGCCGGGAUCCGAGGCGCCUAGCUCGCUCGGCGUUUCCAGCUUUGGUAUUAUGGAUAACUACCUGCGACCCUCCUAUCAGGGAGCCGCCGGAGGUAAGGUCGAAGUGAAAGACGCCUGGUUGGGCAUCACGUUGUACUCGCCGGAUAUUCUGUUGCACCUGUGGACAUUCCAAGGCUCUAUGAGACUGCAAUGCGUGUACAAUGAGGCGUACCAUGACAAGGAAGCGAUCUCAGAGUUGCUGAAGUCAACUGAGGACGAGCUGCUGCGAGGAUUAGGUCUCAAUGCGAUGACGACCUAGCUCGUUCUGAGUCAUCAUCAGAUAGAUCUGUAUUGUCUGCAGUCGAUAUGACCUGUCGUGAUAUAAUUCUACAAGCUCUUCAAGAAUUACGU